ACGAAAUUUAUGCGUGUUGCAAAUUGUCAUAUUUAAUUUAUAAAAGUAUUCGCCGUGAUGUGAUCUUAUAUGAUGUUAGUCGGAUCUCGUAAAUUAUUUCUUUGUUUUUAAGCGAGAAAUUUUUAAUAUCCAUAUAGGCGUUUAUGUCGCCUCUUCUCACAGUUUUAACACAGUUUUUUUGAAAAAAAUUGAACAUAUUAUAAAAAGAGAAAACCAACAGUCUAACAGGACACCAUAAAUAGAGAUGAUUCUUGAAGAAGCUAUAAGAGCCAGGCAGGGCCCCCUCUAGCUACGUCCCUGUGGGCGACGACGGAGACAUUGGCGAGGUGAGGCGCGGGCGCGGGGGCGCGUGGAUUUCUCUCGCGGUCCCUGUAGCGCAUGCGCGCGUCUCGAUCUGCCGCGCGCUGUCACUUUCUCACCGCGUGGCGGCCGUAUCGUUCCGUCUCGCUCGAGAGCGGCGCGCGUCAAGCGACGUUGUCUGAAACUUUUCGGCCGGACAGUUGGCAGCGUUGCGUAGAAAAGAAAUAAAUAAUCAAAGCGACCAUGAAGUGACAAAUAAAGUCGGGAUAGAGAGAACAAUGCUCGCGCGUACGACGACGGCAAGGUGGAUACUCGGAGUCGCGCACUUGUAGCGUGCAACGAGCCUUCGCAUCGUCCCCAUCCGUAAGGAUCGCUCGUGUUCCCCGGGUGCCCCGUGUGUGCUGUGCGUGUGUGCCUCGCGGCGUGAACGCGCCGCGCACCGCUGCUCCGCCACCGCCACCGCCGCCGCAGCGCAGCACCAGCCGGAGAGGCGCGCUACGCGCUCGCCGUCACCGCGAGGGUGAUCCACUCGGGAUACUUGGCUUCCUCGCGCACGGGACCCGACGUCGCGCGACGAUCCCGUGUAGCUUCCAGUGCCGGGUACGUUCCGUCAGAGACGGUGUCUUGAGUUGGCGAACCCAAACCGAGACGGUCCUCGUAUCCAGGUGGUGUGGUGCGAGCCUCGCAGCAUCCUAGUUGAGGGAUCAUCCUAGCGAGGAUACAAGGAAGGACGUCGUCAGUGACGUUUCGUUGCGUUUCAGCGAUGUUCAGAGCCUCGGGAGAGUCGCUCGGUGCCGUCUGGUGAACUUUCUUGCCGCGCAGCCGACUACUCCAGGUCGACCUGGUUAACCUAUCAUCUUUGCCGCACGCCGGAAAGCGCGUCGCGGACGCGGACUAGUGCCAGUGGCCAUGCCUCUUAUCUUCCCACUGUUUAGCUGCAGUAGCAACAGCGAGGUUUGACACACUCGGUCGUUCGCGCACGCGAUACGCUCCAGCCAUGAAAACGGAAAAGAAACCCAACGAGCCCAGCUGUUGUCCACCUACCACGGUUGUCAAGGAUGAGCCUGACACCGAUCCGGUUAAGAUUAAGGACGAGGGUACAGGUGGUACGAACGAUGAUACGACUGGGGAGGAUACUGCGGAGUGUCCAAGGGACUCCUGUCUCGAUCCAUCCAAGUUCGAAGGCGAAAGCCAAUGCAGUUCAAUGUCCGUCGAGAAUCCGAAUACCAAUGGUAAUCAGUCGAUCCUGACUUCGAUUAAACAAGAAGGAGAUCCUAACAAUCCCACCGAUGAGCUACCUGCAGACAGCAUUCAACCGCUCGUUAGUAAUGUUGUGGGUAAACAGAUGGGAACUAAUGCGAGCAGUGGCGAGGCUCAGUAUAUGCAACAGCAGAGCCAGAUUUUUGUAUUUUCCACGCAGUUAGCAAAUACAGGUGCAGAUGCAGUAAUGAGAGGCGAAUAUCAUUCGAUCAUCGCUUAUCAUUGCGCACAGCCAGCCACUAAAAAAUAUUUGGAGAAACAUCCAAAUAAAGUAAGUCAUUUUCGCCAAAAUCCUGCUCAAUGGUUAAAUAAUCUUGCUAUGAUGAAACAGAAAGGCCAUCAGGGAAAUGCGAAUAAUACUUUCCCGACUGAACAACCCCCGGAUUUACCAGCACUAGAUCCAAAUGCUCCACAAUUUUGGAACGAACAGCCCAACUUGCGAAACAUAAACGGUGGAAAUUCCCUCGGUAAUACCGAACCAUCAUUGGAUGAUGGAAAUUUAGACGUGCCUUGCCUUGUGCCGAAUUCACCUGGUAAUUCAGCCAAUCCUCAACCUGCUAAUAAUGCUACCAUGGGCCACAGUCCAAAUUUGUUAGGUGGCACAACGAGUCCAGGCCCAGGAGGUUUGCAACCAUCGCUUCAGGGUGUCAAAGUUCCAGACGAAAAUUUAACACCGAGACAAAGGCAGCACAGAGAAGUUCAACUGGCGACCUUGCGAAAAAUGCAGCUCAUGUUGUUUAAGGAUGAACAAUCUGGCAACGCUUUGGCGGACACGACGCAAGGAACGGCGGUGUCGUGUCCUACCGCGAAUGUUCCUCCUGUUGGUCCAGUACAAAAUCAAUGUUCUCCAUCUAUGGAUUGGCACAAGUUGCAGCAUCAAUUUCUCGAUGGCAAGAAUAAAGGGGUUGGUAAUCCAGGCGCGGUACCGUUGCGCGGUGCAAACAUGGUCGGGGUACCGCGAAGUCAAGGUCCACCACCUCCCUAUCAUCAAACGACACGAUCCGCCAGUGUACCGAUUGCGAUUCAAAGCCCAAAUCCGUCGUCGCCCAAUAAUCCGACCAGCAAUCUGUCGCUACCGUCACCGCGCGCGAGUUCUGCUUUGAAUUCGCCGGCAGAUUGUAACAGACAGUUCCAGCUGGGUAAUCAGAGGACCAGCCAUCUGCCUGGACAAAGUCCGACGAGUCAGGAUUCUCCGAAUCCGGUUGUCACGGCAGCCGUCUCGACAACACGAUUGAAUCAUAGCAAUCCAGGAACACCGGUUUCUCAUUCUCAUAUCGCCGCUCUUAGUCCUAGCGGUACUACUGCUCAAAAGGACACUAACCUCGAUUUCCCUCCCAAUCAACAGCCAAAUGUGGAUGGUGGUAUGUUUUGCCGAACGUUACAAUCCUUAGCUCAACAGAAGCAGCAUACCGGAAACGUUAAUGCAGCUGUGAAAGAAGCAAAUUUGAUGCCGGUACCGAGUCCUCUUCAACUUCAAUAUCUCAACACGUUUGAGGGACAGGAACUGACUAUUCAAAAACAACCCAAUACAAGUCUGAAGGACGGCAAUUCUUCUACGAACACGGGAAAUUCGUCAGAGAUGCCCAAUAGAAUGUUGGCGGGAAAUCUGGAUAACAACAAUCAAUUCCCUACUAGAUCAGAGGGCGCGAGUCCGGUACAGAUGGACAGUAUGAAUCGAGGCUUUACGGGUUCUCUGCACAGUCCUCACACGCCGCAUACGCCGCACACUCCGGGUAGUGCUGCGCCGCAUACUCCGGUGGAUCCCGCGAAAGCAGGCAAAUCCAGCGCGAGUGCACAAAAUAGUCCGACGCCGCAUAAUACCAGCAUACCCGACAGUAUGGGUCCUCCGCGAACAGUGCCGGCAUCGCCCACCAUGAAACCCGACACCUCACCGCCAUGCGUGAAAGACGUUCAACAGCAACAGCAAUUGCAGCAACAGCAGCAGCAACAACAACAGCAGCAGCAACAACAACAGCAGCAGCAGCAACAACAACAACAACAACAGCAGCAGCAGCAGCAGCAGCAACAGUCUACAGUGGUGAAUACAACAAACAAUUCUGUUACCACAACGAUAGUGCCGUUGACUGGCGCUAAUCCCGGCGGUAACGCCUCGUUCGCUUGCGGCAGACCAUCUAUAAACGUGAGUCAACCAUCCGACAAUGUGCCUCUCAAUCCUAACAACAUAGUCGGCGGUCGACUCGGUGGCUUGAACACCAUGAACACGAAUCAUUUCGAUCCGAUAACAUCUCUAGCGCAAAUGAGCCAGCAGCUAACGAAUACGGCGACAAGCAACUCUCUGGGCAACGAGCCCAUGCACUCUGGCAAUGCUGGCAUGAUGCCGUUCGGUAAUCCGCACGCCGCCGGGAUGCACAUGAUGCAGAUGGGCGGUGAGAUGAACGGAAGCUGUCACAUGGGUGCGAGCAGCGGCGAGCCCGGUGGCGGCGAGGUCGGCGGGAUGUGCAUGGGUCUAGCAGGUCCGCCAACCAGCUAUAGCCCCACCACUUCGCACACGGGCAGCCCCGGCGGAAUUCCCAGCAAAAUGGGAGGCCACUCGAUGAUGGGUGGUCACGGAAUGAUGGGCGGCCAUUCGGGUACCGGCGGCCCGGUCGGUGGCGCAUAUCCCGGAGGCGAUCCAGGCCACGCGCCCCCACCGAGACUAAUGACCGGCCACGGAAUCGCCGGGCCGAGUCCGUACAACGGCGCGAGCGUUCAGGUAAAGCCGAACGCGCCCAACACCAUCCAGUACUUGCCAGCCAGGCCGAAUCCCGGUCACCCGCCACCCCGUGGCCCGCCGAGUCUAGAAUUCCUUCAGCGAUUCACCAAUCCGUUAUCCAAUAUGGAGUCCAAGAUGGGCGGGUCGCCUUCCAUGAACCUACAACAGUACUUCCCGAACGGCUGUGUGCCGAACAACAUGGGUGGUCCACACGGUGGUAUGCCGUCCAGCAUGAAUACCACCGGGAUCCCUGGUAUGGGCGGCUCGCCCAGGAUGGACGGUCAGUCUAUGAACAUCGGCGCUAUACACCCGUCCAUGAGACCGGUCGGCAACAUGCGACCCCAGUCGAAUCUGAUGCGGAUGCAGCACAUGGUAGGCGGCGGCGUCUUCCCGGGCGGCUCCAUGGAUCCCGACAUCUUCCCGCCUGACAUGGUCUCGCAGAAUCUGCCGAACCAGCCGAAUCCGGCGGGCAUGUACGGCGUGUCCGGCAACAAGGCUAACCCGAUGGGACUGGGACCGCCCGAAGCCACUCAGCCGUUACCGCCGAGCAUGGGCGGCGCGACCAGCAACUUUAAGAACAAUCCUUUCGGUAGUGGACCAAGCAUGUCCGAUCCGAAUUACGCUCAACAGUUUCACAACUUCCAGCAACAGCUUUACGCCACCGGUACCAGAGGCAGCGGGCCGCCGCAUCCUAAUUUGCAUCCGCCGCCAAACUCGCACUCGCAUCAGCAGUUUUUCAUGCCGAAGUAGAGGAAAAAAGAGAAGAGAAACAAGAAAAACUGUCCGAUGUCGAUUGAUCCAUAUCGCGACGACGAUUUUACGGUGGCCUUUCAGCGUGUCCCUCUCUUUUUCCUCUCUUUCGCUCUCUUUCUAUCUUUCAUCUAUCAGGGAGAUGUUUCUAUUAUAAUCACGCAAAUUAAUUCUGGAAGUGUAAACUGUGCUAUAUAGAUUAUUGCGAUCUUGUGUAAAGGACAGAGAGAAAUAAUGAUAGUUAUCGAUGAGCAGAAGCUAUCUUCGAGAGUAAUCUUAUAUGACUGGCACGCGACGACAAUUUUAAGUUUUAUUCUUCAUUUGCUAUUACGGCAUUAUUUACAUAUUGUAUUAUGUCAAGAUAUUUUUCUUUUCUUCUCUUUUUUUAAUUUGUGGAUCACGAUAACGAGUCGCGUGUCUCUAUAAAAAUAUGUUAUUCCGAUACAUCUUUGAUGGUAUCGUUUUAUCACACCGAAACUUCCCAGGUCUAUCUGUAAAUUGUAAACGUUAUUAAUGGAAGUGUGGAGUACUCGCGUUCGUGUAAAUACCGAUGUACAAUCCGAUAGUUUUUUUUUACUUUUUCUUUUUUUUAUAUAUAUAUAUAUAUAUAUAAGUCGUUAUAGUUCAUCGAUCGAGGAGCAUUGUUAGAUUAAGAAAUGCGUUACUGUAACUAGAGUGUAAAAAGAAAAAGAAAGAGAGAGGAAGAAAACAAGCGAGAUUUCCUCUCUUUUCUUCACGUCGUUUCGUUUUUAACAGUUUGUUCAAGAGUAAAGUAACAAUUGUGCGUACGGUAGGACGAGCGAGAGAAUUCUGGUACACCGGUGCCGCGUAAUUCAUCCUUCCUUUAUCACUAAAAUACUUAAAUACAGUCAAACAAGCUCAAA